AUUAGCCACGCCUAUCUAUCAUAUAUAUAACAUAUUAACAUAUAAUUUACAUCCCGCUCCCUAAUCCCAACAUAUAACAAUACUUAAUGUCAUUAAUAAUUUACUACGUCCUUCAAUAUUUCGCUGUUUGCUGUCUUUUUGCUUUCGAUAAUAUGAGCGAUUUAUCGGUGUUAUUAUUCUUGAUCGUAGUUGUCCUUUAUGCCAUUCUAAAGAUAUUAAAUCUUGUCGUACCGGCAAAACCACCGACGUUGUUUUUUGGAAAGGGGAAACAUCGAGACUUUGUUGAACAGAUCGUCCAAUUAUGUCCAAUUUUGCGAGAGAGAUACAUUCCUCCCUUACUUUGGGGGAAAAAUGGCCACUUGCACACAUUGGUAUUCUCCAAGUUCAGUCCCAAAAUCGAAUGCAAAGCAAAACGUCACCAGCAUAGUGUUAAGUUGGAGGACAAUUCAACUGUGAUAUUUGAUAUAUUUGAACCAUGUUCAGAUGAGAAGUCUAAGUUCAGAAAUGAUUACACAAUUGUCGUGGUACCCGGUAUAGCGAACGAUAGCAAUGGAGCCUACGUUUUGUCCCUAUGUCAAUAUGCGACCAGGCUGGGGUAUCGUGUAGUUGUUCUCAAUCAUCUUGGAGUCCUGCCUGGUGUGAAGUUGACUUCAAAAAGAAUUUUUACUUAUGGCAGUACACACGAACUAGAUGCGAUAGUUACAUUUACCGUAAACAAUUAUCCAAACACAAAACUACUUGGGGUUGGCUUUUCCUUGGGAGGAAACAUAUUGGUGAAGUACUUGGGUGAAAAUGUUGAGCAUCAAAAACAUUUCCUUUGUGCUCUUUCUGUGUGCCAGGGCUACGAUAUUGUGAAAGCUUGUACAGUUAUGGAGGAAUGGGACGGCCUUCGCCGAGGCUACAACUGGCUGAUCACGCAACAGGUGAAAAAAGUAAUAAAACGCCAUGCGCAGGAACUACUAGGAGGAUGCUCAAGCACGCCAUACCAGGACUUCAAGCGAAAUAAAGUUUUAAAGGCAACAUUGAUUAAAGAUAUUGAUGAGCACUUUGGCAGAAAAAUGGCGGGGUAUCAGAGUGUAGACGACUACUACAAGUACAGCAGCAGUUCAAAUUAUAUAGACAAAGUUGAAAUUCCCAUGUUACUGGUAAAUGCCCAAGAUGACCCGUUGGUACCUGAAGAAUUAUUGGAAACUCCGAAGAAAUAUGUCAGCAGACCAAACAGCAAGGCUAUAUUUGUGCUUUCACAGUUCGGUGGCCAUCUUGGAUUUUACGAAGGUGGCUUUUUGCAACGUGCCACACAAACUUGGAUUGACAAAGUUAUCUUAAAAUAUAUUGAUGCAGUUUUGACAAUUCAAGAUAAGUCAAUCUCAUGAUUAUGUUCGGGUAGAAAAUUGAGGUAAAAUGUAAUAUUUUUGUAUUUAAGGUGAUAUAUUUUCAACAAAGGUCCUGUUAGUGUUACUAAACUAGGCUGUGUUCUAGACUAUACGUAACAUACAUUAUCAAAAUUGUUUUGA